AUCGUACUGCAGAACACAUCCAGUGUCCGCCCGAAACAACCUACGAUUAAUAACUAGCAGUAUCCACAUUCUAAAUUUGUAUAUCUGUGAAUUUGAAGACAAAUGUCUAGUUAAAGGGCUAGCUGUAAGGAGUAAGCAUGACUGACUUGACUGGCGUGGCAGCCUGCACGGUGAAGUCCCCGGUGGCCUUGGAGCUCGGGGAGACGAUGACGGCGGCGUCCCGUCCCGGGGUGUUUGUCAUUGAUGUCACGUUCCCACACGGCCAGGCCGCUAAUAUUCAGGAGAUCUCGUUCAAGAACUACUACACCGCCUUCUUAAUGAUGCGUAUCCAGCGAAAGGCUCCCGAUGGGGAAGGCUCAGCCAAGUGGGUCACCUGUCUACAGAACCACCCCCUCAUGCCCAACCCGCACACGGAGGAGCAGUCCCAGGACUACUUCUCCAUCCACAGGCAGCAGAUGCUGACAGAACCUGACAAUGUGACUUUAGUUCGGCUCGUUCUACGGCAGCCAUCUUCUGCCUGGUUGAACUUCAGUCUUGAAGACAUCAAAAUUCACCUUUGUGCAGAUGAGGAUACAGAACGGGAUGUUCCAGCCUGGUUUUCUCAUCUGACUCCAGUUGACCAACCUCCUGAUUUAGAAGGCCUGCCAGAUGCCCAGACUGUGUCCUCCAGCAUCCAGCAGAUGUGGGCGUUGACAGAAGUCAUGCAGACCCAUCAAACAGCAGCUCCCAUUGGCCGAUUUGAUGUGGAUGGCUGCUAUGAUGUGAAGUUGCUGUCUUACACAUGAUCAUAAUAUUACAAUAUUGUUUUCAGUGUUCAGAAUCAGAAGCAUAACUGUACAAUGUAACUAGACCUAUACACAUUAUAAGCCCAUCCUUUUAUGAAAUAUGUACAGGCUACCAGGUCCACUGAAUAUUUUACCAGGCUUGAAUCGUUUGUAUUAUUUUUGUGUUUGUUAAUUUAUUGGUGCUGUGUAUUCUUAAUUUAUUUGACUUAUGUUUAAUUUUCUUAAUGCAUCUGUUAAUGCAUCUUUGAGUUGUAUUUCCAAAGUGCCCGUAGAAUGUCAGAAGAUGAUUUCAAACGCUGAACAAUGAAAGCACUCAACGUGAUUAUACAUCUUAUCACAGUCUGAGUGCUCUCCAGGUCUAGUGUUUUGAGAAAGAAAAUGCAUAACUUAUACUUCAUUAUUUUUGUCAAAAGGCGGGAGAUCGUGUGAGCAUUUGGCACAUCCACAGUUUUGUAGUUUUAUGUUGAAAGUUGAAUAAAAUAUGGACCAUAGGCUAUCUGGAUUUGAAGUGGCAUGACUGAACAGAAUGGCUCCCCCUGGUGUCCUGUAUCAGUUAUCUUCAGAUAGAAUAUGCAUAUCGAGACAUUUCUCCCUGUGUACAUAGUACCCACGUGUUUCUGUUGAUAGUCAAAUUGAAUAACACAAUGCAUGGCUCAAGCAUAGGCACUGUAAUCAGUAUUUUAUGAUGAAUGAUGUCAUGAAAAUGUCAUUUGAUGAUAUUGUUGUACUGUAUACAAUCAUUCAUUAAAGCAUUUGGACAACAGUA